UGCUGAGCUUUUCAGUUGGGGUUAUUCACCCACCAGCAAUGUGCCAUGACCUCUAUAACCACUAUUGCAUCUCUAGCCUUCAUGACCAUGGCGAUGACGUUGCUGCACACCUUCUGGGGCGUGGUGUUCUUUGACGGCUGUGAGAAGAGGCGCUGGUGGGUGAUUGCUGCCGUGGCGGCACUGCACCUGCUUGUGUCAGGACUGUCUUUCCUAAACCCCAGCUAUGAGGGCAGCCUGCCCCCUGCCUAUGUGAUCAUGGUGCUGAUGGCUGCGUGGGCCUUCUUCAGCUCCGGAGGGUCUUUACAGACCCUGACACAAGUCUGGAUGUGUAAAAAAAAUGGUGUGGAUUCCUCCUAACCGGUGUCCUGAGUUUCACUGACUUUGAUCCUCCUGAGAGAGGGGAACAGGUAUAUCUAUCUUUGUGUUGCUGCAGUGCUGGGUGGGGUCAAGCAAAAGCAGACCUGCAGUGGAGGAAACACUUUAAAAGGUACCCCCCCCCCCCCCCCUGCAGGUGACAUGAACUGACAGGUGACUUGGUGGCAGUGCUGCUCACAGAUUUUUCUGGGAGAGGAACUGCAGGGACAUUCCUUAACUGCACAACAUGUUCGUAGUCUGUUUUUUGUUCUGUAUUCCUUCUCGUAAACACAAUCAUGCACACUGAAGACCUGCAGUGUGUGUGAGAGAGAGAGGGCGAUCUGUUGAGCUCUAGGGAUCAAGGUUUCUUUUCCUUUCCUUUUGCUGUUAGAUUGAGUAAAUUUAUAUUUUAUAUUUGUUAUUGCCCUUACGCAGUUUUAUUUUUUAAAUUGAUUUUCAUUUCUAAUAAAAAGUAAGGAAGAUUAGCAAAGUGAGAUGCUGGCGAAGGAACAUGGUUUUCUCUCCACUUGACCUGUACAGUAAAGCUGUCGAAAGGGCUGCUGGUCCUUUAUGGAGCAGGAGACGGCAGAUUACCAAAACCUGGGCCUAUUUUGAAGGGGGGGGGGACUAUCCAAUCCUGAGGAUCUGAGCUUUAGCCAAAUUGUGAUUUGCAUGCUGGUGACUGUUUUGGGUCACUUGUGAAAAAGUGUUUGACUUGCAAUUAGUGCACUGGGGAGAACGCCAGAACAUUCCCUUUUCUCCGUCUUUCAUUUUAUCUCAGCUGUAAGGUGUGUAGUUUUCAGGAUUUUCUUUGGCUACAUUCUGCUCCAGAAACCCAGUGAUGUAACGGAGGUACCAAGUCUGACUGUCUGUGGCCCAGAUACAUUUUUGGCUCAAGACUGGUAUGGGGGGUCGGGGUUAAAGGAGUACCUCUGUCUGAAUGUGAGACUGAACUUUUAAAUUGCAAAGUUGUGAUUGUGCACAAGAUUUUUUUUCAUUUCACUCUUCAUGUACGGUUUCUCUGGCAACUGACAGACUAACAUGUCAACUGAUAUACCAGCUCUGUUCUCCUCUGGUAUAAGGUUUCCUAUGCACAUCUGAUUUGUGAGAUUAUACUGAAAUAUUGAGGCAUACACUUUGCAUAGUUGUUUUUUCUCCUCUGUUAAAUGUCUGAAGAUUCUCAUUGAUGUGUGACAACCCUUGGCCUUGUUUUUAAACAUGGGCUUUGUUUGAAUGAUUGAAUCGCAGUGCUGUGUAAUAAAACAGCUGUGCUUGAAAUCCAAAAUGUCAUUGCACUAUGCUUUUCCAUGACAGGCUUUGGUCUUGGUCUCAUUUAGUUGACCCGGUGGUGCUUUCUCCAUCAAUGAUGUAGCGGUACAAUCGGCGGCUCCCUUGGCUGCUGUUGAACUUUAUUCCCUUCUAGCCAAAGAGAUUCACACUACAGCAUAUUGUUGAAUAUCUGUACAAAUAGCUUCAUGCUGCAGUAUUGACCCAGGUACACUUGGUAUUGACUUCAUAUGCCAAUUUUAUGUAGAGCGCAAGCUGACAGAACGGCAGUUGGGUCUCUUUAAAGCAUUGCAAGUUGUAGGUGUCUUCCCUCUCACCCACCACCCCACGUAUGGAGAAAAACCCUUUUGCGUUCUUGGCUCAUUUACCAGAAUGUUGCCAUUAAGGUCACAUGACUUUAGGGCCCUGUGACCUGCCUGGUUUUGAUUCUUUGGGGACCAGCUGACCUGAUCUCUCCCUGGAUGCACAAGACUCCAAAAUGGCUUGAGGCCCUUUUACAGAGGAAGCUCCAGCUGGCUCUGUGUCCCUAUAAGGUAAACUUGCUCAUUCCUUCCAGAUGAAUAACGGCUACUCUCAAACCGUUGGGCACAGAAAGUGGAUAUGGGGAGCAGUCGUCAUCCCAUUAAUGGUCUUGCUUGUGAAAUCUUUUUUCCUUUUUAAAUAUCAAAAGGAGACAGAUGAUUGCUGUGAAAACAUGAGUCGCAAAGGUUUUGUGUGUUUUUCUUAACCCUUAAAUGCCAGUCCCACACUUGGAGGUUUCAAUUUUCGAACAAGGUUUUUGGCUUGGCAGUGUGGACUUGCAGGCAGCGCAGCUCUUUCAAGUAGCUGUACUCCUGAUCAAUAAACGACCCCGUUUCUUAAAAGCUCAGGAAUGUGUUGUUCAUUGAGCGAGACUGAAGACCAGGUUGGUUGCAGAGCCAAGGACCCAUCUUGGAUCAGAAGGCAUGGUGUUUCCGAGACUCCGUUACCAGGCACAGGCUGAUAGGAAGGCCACAGCCCAGCUGACAUUAACAGUCAGAUUGUUGCGCAAAUGUUCGAGUACCAUUGUAUUGUGAAAGUACCACACAAUAGGAGUUGAGCACUGUGACAAUAUUUGGUUUCACCUUGAGAUUGUUCUUAUCAGACGAGGGUAGCUGAGGCCCUUGCCGGGAGUUUCUGGUGGGGUUGUUUGGUCCAGUUUCAAAGGAACCGGUGUCCUUCCCUGGCAGCGUGUCAAUGGCAAGAGUCUGACCAAGAGACUGUCCACUGAAGGGAACAGUGUGCAGUGAGCUUCUUUUUUUUUCGUCUCUCAGCUGGGUCAAAGUGAAUCCUUCCAAACAGUAACUAUUUGUGCUUCAUUCCCAGUAUUUUUUUUUAAUACAAGUUGAUCAGUUCUGCUUUGCAAUACAGUCUACCAAACUAUGAAUAUGUAAUGAACAAUUUUCCACUUCCAUUUUUUUUCCCCCCUCAGCUUGUUGUUUCUACAUACAGUAUGCAAAUAUGAGACAUCAGGCUUGAGGCUAAAGAUACCUGUACAGUUUGUUUUAUAAUCAUCUCUGUAGUAACUGGUGCUCUUACUGGUUUUGAUUUGAUUUUAAAAAUCAUGUAAAAAUAAUAAAAUGCUUCUGAACUUCAUGUACAUAGUUUGUAAAAACUGUGCCAAACUUGGGUGUAAGGUCCAUUUCACAAAGUUGCAGCAUUUUGUAUUGAUUAAAGCCACCUUGUAUCAUUAAUCGGGUU